CCCCUUUAACACUCGGGUAAAAAAUAAAUUCCUGCUUGUUUAAACACCGCUAACUAUACAAUAAUCUUCCCUGUCUGUACAGGUGGCUUACUACCAGCCACCCAACAAAACAGUCAUCAAAUGUGUUACAAACAUUUCAAAUUUUUUUUUUACUUCACACAUUGGCCCUCAUUUACUAUUGCAAACCCGACAUGUUUUCAGGUUGUGUGCCAGAUUCUGUCGCAUUGCGCCAGAAAUUCUAUCUGCCCCAGAAUUGAAAAAACACAGACUAACUCUCCAUUUUGCCAAGAAAACCUGAAAAAGAGGCGUGUCCACCAGCUAAAGGGGCAUGGUCUCCGAAAAGGGGCGUGUUCCCGACAUUUUUACAAAAACCCAACAUAUUUCCACAGAAAAUGUGGUGGAUUUGAGCUGAGGAGAACCCUACAGAUCUGAGCAUGUGUAAAAAAAAAAAAAAAAAAAGCAGUGUAGGGAAAGUGGAAAAUGUAGGGAAACCUUAGUAAAUACCGUGGAAAAUAAAUAGUAGGGAAUUAAAACCCACAUAGAAACCUACACAACACUUUUAGUAAAUGAGGGCCAUUGACUCCAACUUCCAUUACUCAUACAGGUGUCUCACAGCCUCAGCAUGCAACUGAGUUACACCUUGCUGUAAAUACCAUGAACUAGUUGUCUUCAGCACCUGUGUGGAUUUUGGCCACACAAAGCCUGGACUAGCCAGGAGAGGAAUGUUAAGUCCCAACUACCAACCUGCCUUUCAUUCCAAAAAUAAUGAAGGCCCAAAAACAGACUGUGGUAAAGUCCUGAGAAGCGAUGGCAUUUUAGAUUGAACUAUUCCUGAAUGAGACAUGCACUUCCUAAAACCUGGAAGCCACAUAUGACAGCAUAUAAAGAAGAGAAAUCUGUUCAGAUAGUGGGAGUCUCUUCUAGAAGUUUCUGUGCUCCACACCAUGGCCCGAGCUUUAGGCUGUACAAUCAUUCUUCUUCUCAGCAUCUGGGGAUCAUAUCAUGGAGGUGGGGCAUCGAGUCCUCCAAGAAAUGGUAAUUAUGCCCAACCAGCUCCUAAUAUUGCCCUGAAGGGGAUCGCUACUCAGUCCAGCACAAAUUCUUAUCUUGGAAGUGCUGGGAACGCCAAUGAUGGAUCUUUGGCUGCCAAUUAUUUAAGGGCCCAAUGUUCUUAUACAAAGAAAGACUCUGAACCAUGGUGGAUGGUGAAUCUCAGAGCCCAGUACAAAAUUAUGUCCGUUACCAUUACUAACCGGGUCUUGGAAUGCUGCAGAGAACGGAUUUUUGGCGCUGAGAUCAGAAUAGGAAAUGAUCCAAGUAAAGGAGGAACGUUGAACCCAAGGUGUGGUGUCAUUUCUUCCAUUGAAUCUGGAGAAACGCUAUCAUUCUCAUGCCAAGGAAUGGUCGGGCAAUAUGUGACAGUGACAAUUCCUGGACGGGAGGAGCAUUUGGUUCUGUGUGAAGUCCAAGUCUAUGGAUUUCCUGCUGAUGGUUCAGAAGACGCCACUGUUCCAAAAGAUCUGAAGACACCAAAUGGAGCUCCAAAUGUGGCUCUUAAAGGCAUCGCCCAGCAAUCCAGUCUGUACAAUAUGUAUGGAGAACCGAAAAAUGCCAUUGAUGGAUCACUAGAAAGUAACUACCUCUACAUCCAGUGCGCAGGUACAUUUGAACAGGAAAACCCAUGGUGGAUGGUUAAUCUGAAGUCAGAAUUCAAGGUCUUCACAGUCACAGUCACAAACAGAGGGGACUGCUGCUCCGAGAGAAUAAGAGGAGCAGAAAUAAGGAUUGGAAACUCGGAUGAAAAUGGAGGCACCAAGAACCCUAUUUGUGGAGUAAUUACAUCUAUGGACUAUGGACAGACUGUUGCCUUUGAAUGUGAUGGCAUGGUGGGUCAGUAUGUGACAGUCUUCAUCCCUGGAGCUCAAAAUUCUGUGACAAUAUGUGAAGUUCAAGUUUUUGGACUUCCAAGUAAUGAUUCUGGGGAUGCAGUUUCCACAGUUGAAGAUGCCAGUGUUGAGUUUCCUAAGUCUAGCAAAAUUCUGGAUAUCUGGGAUCUACUCUCCGACUACUUUGAUUACAAUAGUGAGGAGCAACAAGAGACUCCAGAACAUGAAGGAGACAACUUGGCUUUCAGAGGAAUCAGUUCACAAUCCAGCCUCUAUGAUAAACUUGGAGCUUCUGAAAAUGCCAUAGACGGCUCCCCCGGCACCAUAUACUUAUCUGGACAUUGCUCUCAUACUGACUUGGAAAUAGAGCCAUGGUGGAGAGUGGACCUGAUGCACGUUUACAACGUCACCAAAGUAAAAAUAGCCAAUCGAGGUGACUGCUGCCAAGAGAGGAUCAAUGGAGCAGAAAUUAGAAUUGGAAAUUCUCCAGAAAAAGGUGGAGCACAAAAUCCCAGAUGUGCUAAAAUCGAAUCGCUGGGUCGUGGAAAGGAAGAGGAAUAUAUCUGCAGGAUGGUAGGACGGUAUGUUACAGUCACCAUCCCAGACAGAGCUGAGUAUCUAACACUGUGUGAGGUGAAGGUCUAUGGGACUAAUGUUUCAGAAGGCUAUACGGAUGCUCCACUGAAGCCAGAGAUUGAAGAACAUAGCGUUGCUGCUGAGCUGAGAAAUAUUCUGAAACACUCAAAUACUGCGCCUAAUGUAGCAAUGACUGCAACUACAACACAGUCCAGCACAGAUGGGGGAAGUUCAAAUAAUACGAUUGAUGGCAACCUGCAGGAAUGCUCCAAGACUGCGGUGGAGGAGGCUCCAUGGUGGACCAUAGAUCUUGGAUCAGCUCACAAAGUCUUCACCAUCGCAGUAACAAGCCAAAAUGACUCCAGUGCUCAAGAUCUUGAUGCAGCACAGAUUCAUGUGGGAUUUUCUGCUACUGGUUGGAAGAAGAACCCAAUAUGUGGCACAGUGUCCUCUAUUGGUCCCGGAGAGACAUUUUCAUUCAACUGUAAUGAAAUGGAGGGCAGAUAUGUGACCAUUGUUCUCCCAGACAAGGUUGCUUCCCUCAGCUUGUGUGAAGUCCAAGUGUUUGCCAUCUCUGUGGAUACUCCAAGUGGAGACUGGAAUGGAGAUCUUGAAGUUCAAUAUAAUCAUCAUGGAGUUAAAAAUGUGGCUCCUCAGGGCAUUCCUGCCCAGUCGUCCUAUUACAGAAAAAGAUCUGAAGUAAGAACAUCCAUUGAUGGGUCCCUGGCCAGCAAUUACAUGGCUGGUGAAUGUACACACACAAGAAAAGAGCUAAAUCCAUGGUGGAAGUUAGACCUGAAGGACAGAUAUCAUAUAUCAUUUGUAGCCAUCACCAAUCGAGGUGACUGCUGUCGAGAAAGAAUCAAUGGUGCUGAGAUUCGUAUAGGGGACUCGGCUGAGAAUGGUGGAAUUGACAACCCCAGGUGUGGAGUUGUGUUUCGAAUGAAUUAUGGCGAGACAUUGUCGUUCAACUGCAGAGGAAUGGAGGGGAGAUACAUAACAAUAGUAAUACCAGAACAAAGACAAUACCUGUCAUUAUGUGAAGUUCAAGUAUUUGGUAAACGCCUGGAAACAAUUGAAAAAGGUAUAGAAGAAUUGUCUCAAAUUCCACUUGCAUUAACAAAUCUUGAAGGAAGACAUUUCCUUUUCCCAGAGGAAAGUAUAACAAAUUAUGUUGUCCUGACUCCGGCUGAACCAAUGAGAUUGACCGCCUUUACACUCUGCAUGAAACUAUCAUUGAAUGUUCCAGAGGACAGAGAGACCAUCUUGUUUUCCUAUCGUACCUUAUAUUAUGAUGAGUUAAAUCUAUGGCUGGAAAGCAAUGGAGACGUAGGGUUUUACAUGAGUGGGGAGGGAAUAAAGUUCCCAAAACUUGAUAGAAGCAAGGAAUGGAACCAUCUGUGUCUGACUUGGGAAUCCAAGCAUGGCCGCUGUGAACUGUGGGUCAAUGGCAGAAGAUCCAUAAACACUUACCAAAAAAGACACACUGUGCAACCAGGUGGGAUUGCAAUUCUGGGUCAAGAUCAAGAUGAACUUGGCAAUGGCUUUGAUAAGUCCCAGAGCUACAUUGGAAAGAUUAAAGAUCUUAAUAUGUGGAAAAGAGUUCUUCCGCUAAAGUCCAUUCGAUCAGUAUUUAAAGGCAAAGAAAGUCGAAAAGGCGACAUUUUUGACUGGAGCAACUUGUCCUACUCUAUAAAGGGAAAUGUAGAAGUUGUUUCAGACCAGUCAUUAUAAUAACAUCAUUGUCAGUAGUCGAGAUUAUAUGUAUAAGCUGGACAAUA